AUGUCUGAUACGCCAGUUGAAAAGACGUCGCUUCAAGGCGUCAAGAUUGUCGAGCUCUACAAAUUUGUCUGGAACAAGUGGGAUAAGUGGAUCAUCUUUUCUGCCUUGAUCCUCUUGUCCUGGGCUAUCAAUUGGGAGUACAAUCUCAGUUUUGCUUUGUCUGUUAAUGUUACUAGUUUGUUCAAAACCAACAAUUUGAUUUCGCUCUUGCCUACUGUGCUGUACAUCUUGCAAACAGCACUUUUGCCUAUCUAUUCCAAGUUAUCUGAUAUGUAUGGUCGUGCCCAAUGCUAUACAGUAGCAUUGACAUUCUAUAUCGUAUCUUAUAUCGUCAUGGCAACAGCCAACAACUACGAAACGCUGGUGGGUGGUCAAGUUGUAUACGCCUUUGGCUAUUCAGGCGCAUCUAUCCUCGGUCCCAUCACCAUUGCUGAUCUGACAAACGUUGUAGACCGUGGUUUGCUUCAAGGUCUCUAUAAUGUGCCUAGUUUGAUCAAUAUCUUUUUGGCUCCCAAAGCAGGCCAGGCAUUGUUCAACAGUGGUAACUGGAGAUGGGGGUACGGAAGUGUGAGUUUGAUUAUCUUUGUCACCUCAUUCCCUUUGAUCUUUUGUCUUUGGAAAUUGAACUUUCAGGUUAAGAAAUCUGGUCUCUUGAAGGAUUUUAAAGAUGAGCAGAGAAAGAUUCGUGAAGAGGAGAACUUGACUUUCUGGGAAAAGUGUGUCUGGUUCAUUGUCGAAAUUGACAUCAUUGGCAGCUUGCUUUUGGUAGCUGGCCUGUGUUUGAUCUUGUUGCCCUUGGUAUUGGCACUUCCCUCUUGGGGUGGCUGGACUAGUGGUACUACUCUUGGCACAUUGUGCUCUGGUGUCGUUGCCUGGGCUCUCUUUGCUCUCUGGGAAUGGAAGAUGGCCAAGAAGCCUAUCAUUCCUUUGGCUAAAUGGAACACUCGCACUCCUUUAUAUGGUGUCUGUGCCUUGUCCACUGUUACCAUCAUCUCAUCCACCAACUGGCAGUUUUUCCUUACUUACUUGAUGGUCUCUCGUAGAAUCGACUCUGAAAAGGCCAUCUUGCUUGAACGAGGUUAUAAUGUUGCUUAUAUCAUUUGUGAAGUAAUUGCAGGUUACUUGAUGAAGCGUUUCCGUGUCUGGAAGCCUUUUGUUUGGGCUGGUGUCUCCUUGAUCAUUCUCGGUGUUGGCCUCAUGAUCCCAGCUCGCCUUCCCUCAUCUUCUGAUGCCUUUGUUGUCAUUUCUCAAACCAUUGUUGGUAUCGGUAGUGGUUUCUUGUACACCCCUAUGCUUGUUGCUAUUCAGUCCAGUUUGCCUCACGAAGACAUGUCUGUAGCUACAGCCAUGAUGCAAGUGGGUGGUUCUAUUGCUGCUAGUAUUGGUUCUACAAUGGCAGGUACCAUUUGGAACAAUAUGCUUCCCGGUCAAAUUGCCAAGUAUGUUUCUGGAGAAUACGACUAUGCAAAGAUUGUCGGCGAUGUUGCCUAUGCGAGUGCACUUCCUCAACCUCAAUGGGAAGGUGUUGUUGCUGCCUAUGGUCAUGUUCAAAUGGUCUUAUCUAUUAUCUCCAUCUGUAUUGCUGUAUUGACCUUCUGUUUCACUAUCCCCAUGAAGACAUUUGGUCUUGAAAACUAUGAUGAAAAAGAUCAACAACAGAAGGAUCAAGCUGCUCUUGAUGGGUCUGCUUCUAAAUUAGACGGUGACACUGAAAAGACUGAAGUCUAUGGUAUCGAGCGCGCAGAUGCUGCUACAAAUGAGUGUAUGCCAUCUACUGACAACCACAAGGAAUUCUUGUAA